CAGCAGCGGCGGCGGCAGCAGCAGCAGCAGCAAGCAGCCUGAGCACAGCCACUGCCACAGUGCCCUGGCUCCUGAGCCCCCUGUGGGCCGAAGGCAUUGCAGGUAGCCCAUGGUCCUAGAGGAGGUGUGCAGAUGGGAUUACCGUCCACAUGGAGAUACGGAAGAGGACCAGGGAUUGGCACCGUGACCAUGGUCAGCUGGGGGCGCUUUAUCUGCCUGGUCUUGGUCACCAUGGCAACCUUGUCCCUGGCCCGGCCCUCCUUCAGUUUAGUUGAGGAUACCACUUUAGAACCAGAAGAGACACCAACCAAAUACCAAAUCUCCCAACCAGAAGCAUACGUGGUCGCCCCCGGGGAGUCGCUAGAGUUGCACUGCAUGUUGAAAGAUGCCGCCAUGAUCAGUUGGACUAAGGAUGGGGUGCACUUGGGGCCCAACAAUAGGACAGUGCUUAUUGGGGAGUACUUGCAGAUAAAAGGUGCCACAUCUAGAGACUCCGGCCUCUAUGCUUGUACUGCAGCUAGGACGGUAGACAGUGAGACUUGGUACUUCAUGGUGAAUGUCACAGAUGCCAUCUCAUCUGGAGAUGAUGAGGACGACACAGAUAGCUCCGAAGACUUUGUCAGUGAGAACAGGAACAACCAGAGAGCGCCGUACUGGACCAACACAGAAAAGAUGGAGAAACGUCUGCACGCCGUCCCUGCGGCCAACACUGUGAAGUUCCGCUGUCCAGCUGGGGGGAACCCAACCCCCACAAUGAGGUGGCUAAAAAACGGGAAGGAAUUUAAACAGGAGCACCGCAUUGGAGGCUACAAGGUACGAAACCAGCACUGGAGCCUUAUUAUGGAGAGUGUGGUCCCGUCGGACAAAGGCAAUUACACCUGCCUCGUGGAGAAUGAGUACGGCUCUAUCAACCACACGUACCACCUUGAUGUUGUUGAGCGAUCACCGCACCGGCCCAUCCUCCAAGCUGGACUGCCUGCAAAUGCCUCCACGGUGGUUGGAGGGGAUGUGGAGUUCGUCUGCAAAGUUUACAGUGACGCCCAGCCCCACAUCCAGUGGAUCAAGCACGUUGAAAAGAAUGGCAGUAAAUACGGGCCUGAUGGGCUGCCCUACCUGAAGGUCCUGAAGCACUCGGGGAUAAAUAGCUCCAAUGCAGAAGUGCUGGCUCUGUUCAAUGUGACGGAGAUGGAUGCUGGGGAGUAUAUAUGUAAGGUCUCCAAUUAUAUAGGGCAGGCCAACCAGUCUGCCUGGCUCACUGUCCUGCCCAAACAGCAAGCACCUGUGAGAGAGAAGGAGAUCACAGCCUCCCCAGAUUACCUGGAGAUAGCUAUUUACUGCAUAGGGGUCUUCUUAAUCGCCUGCAUGGUGGUGACAGUCAUCUUUUGCCGAAUGAAGACCACGACCAAGAAGCCAGACUUCAGCAGCCAGCCAGCUGUGCACAAGCUGACCAAGCGCAUCCCCCUGCGGAGACAGGUAACAGUUUCGGCCGAGUCCAGCUCCUCCAUGAACUCCAACACCCCACUGGUGAGGAUAACAACACGUCUGUCCUCAACGGCAGACACCCCGAUGCUAGCAGGGGUCUCCGAGUACGAGUUGCCAGAGGAUCCCAAGUGGGAAUUCCCCAGAGAUAAGCUGACGCUGGGCAAGCCCCUGGGGGAAGGUUGCUUCGGGCAAGUAGUCAUGGCCGAAGCAGUGGGAAUCGAUAAGGACAAGCUCAAGGAGGCGGUCACCGUGGCAGUGAAGAUGUUGAAAGAUGACGCCACGGAGAAGGACCUUUCCGAUCUGGUGUCAGAGAUGGAGAUGAUGAAGAUGAUUGGCAAACAUAAGAACAUCAUCAACCUCCUGGGAGCCUGCACCCAGGAUGGGCCUCUCUACGUCAUAGUUGAAUACGCAUCGAAAGGCAACCUUCGGGAAUACCUCCGAGCCCGGAGGCCGCCUGGCAUGGAGUACUCCUACGACAUUAACCGAGUUCCUGAGGAGCAGAUGACCUUUAAGGACUUGGUGUCCUGCACCUACCAGCUAGCUAGAGGCAUGGAGUACUUGGCUUCCCAGAAAUGUAUCCAUCGAGAUUUGGCAGCCAGAAACGUGUUGGUAACGGAAAACAAUGUGAUGAAGAUAGCAGACUUUGGCCUAGCCAGGGAUAUCAACAACAUUGACUAUUACAAAAAGACCACAAAUGGGCGGCUUCCAGUCAAGUGGAUGGCUCCUGAAGCCCUAUUUGAUAGAGUUUAUACUCAUCAGAGUGAUGUCUGGUCCUUCGGGGUGUUAAUGUGGGAGAUCUUCACUUUAGGGGGCUCCCCCUACCCAGGGAUUCCCGUGGAGGAACUUUUUAAGCUGCUCAAGGAGGGACACAGGAUGGACAAGCCUGCCAACUGCACCAAUGAGCUGUAUAUGAUGAUGAGGGACUGUUGGCAUGCUGUACCCUCUCAGAGACCCACGUUCAAGCAGUUGGUCGAAGACUUGGAUCGAAUUCUAACUCUCACCACCAAUGAGGAAUACUUGGAUCUCACCCAGCCUCUCGAACAGUAUUCACCUAGUUACCCCGACACAAGGAGUUCUUGUUCUUCAGGGGACGAUUCUGUGUUUUCUCCAGACCCUAUGCCUUAUGAACCCUGCCUGCCUCAGUAUCCACAUAAAAAUGGCAGUGUUAAAACAUGAGCGAAACGUGUCUUCCUGUCCCCAAACGGGACAACACCAGGAACCUAUUUACACUGAGCAGAGAGGCUGUGCCUCCAGAGCGUGUGAUGCGCCUCCACUUGUAUAUAUGGAUCAGAGGAGU